CCGAGUGGACACAUUUCCGGUUUAUAAAUGAAAGUAAACGAACAGGUCAAUAGCUAUAAAUCUGCUCUAACAAAGAUGUUUUUAUACAGACUUUAGUCAUCUCACUAUGUAGGCUGAUGCCUUUGAAAGUCUUUCUCUUAGAGAUUACUUCAAUAUUUUUUAUGUUUGAAGGGGACACAAAAUACCGACGGACACCACGCGAAUGUAUUUUUAAAAUUUGAAACGCUCCGUAAAAAAACCGCUUCCAGCACACGUGCAACUUUUUACUACGGAUUAUUUUAUCUAUUUGACAGAAUGGGAGAUCAACCAUUAAGAGUGCUUGUUUGUGGGGAUGUUGAAGGGAGGUUUAGCGUUUUAUUCAACCGGGUGACAACAAUUCAGAAGAAGAGCGGGCAGUUUGAUCUGCUGCUCUGUGUUGGAGAUUUCUUUGGUUCUUCGCCGGAGACGCAAGUGGAGUGGGAAGCGUACAAAUCUGGGGCAAAGAAAGCACCCAUCCACACCUAUGUUCUGGGUGCAGCAAGUCAGGAUACAGUGAGGUAUUUUCCCAGUUCAGAUGGGUGCGAGCUGGCGGAGAAUAUCACCUAUUUGGGUCGCAGGGGCGUCUUCACAGGGGUGUCGGGGCUCCAGAUCGCCUACGUCAGCGGCAGAGAGGCCCAGCAGGAGCCGGUGCCAGCCCACUGCUUCACGGCCAAAGAUGUGGCCGCCCUGGUGGCGCCGCUGGUAUCCAGCUCCAAGUUCAAAGGGGUGGACAUUCUCCUGACCUCGCAGUGGCCUCGGUGGGUGUGGCAGUACGGCAACAGUCCAGACAUAAACACUAAAUCUUGUGGAGCAGCCUCUAUUGCCCACCUGGCAGAGCAGCUGAAGCCUCGCUACCACUUCGCUGGAUUGGAGGGGACACAUUAUGAGCGACUGCCAUACAGGAAUCACAUGGUACUGCUGGAGAAUGCACAGCAUGUCAGCAGAUUCAUAGCCCUGGCUAACGUUAACAACCCUGCAAAGAAAAAGUACCUGUAUGCAUUCAGCAUCGUCCCACUGAAAAACAUGGACCCCGCAGAGUUGGUUAAACAGCCACAAGAUGUCACUGAAAACCCCUACCGCAAGAGUCUGAAAGAAAGCAAGAAGGACAAGCCUGCUGCUGCAGCUGCCUUCCAGGAAGAAGAGCCGGCCUCUCAGUUCUUCUUUGACCUGGGGAAGAAGCAGCAGCAGGGCUCAGUCAGGAAGAGGCAUUCGGAAGGAGACAGACCCACCCAGCCCAAACAGCCACGCAGACCCCCUCAGCCCACCGGACCCUGCUGGUUCUGUCUGGCAAGCCCAGAGGUGGAGAAGCACCUGGUGAUCAGCAUCGGAACUCACUGCUACAUGGCUCUGGCCAAAGGCUGCCUGACCCCAGAUCAUGUGCUGCUGCUGCCCAUCGGACACUACCAGUCUGUGGUGGACCUGGCAGCGGAGGUUGUGGAGGAACUGGAGCGGUACAAGGCGGCCGUCAGGGACUUCUACAAGAGCCGGGGACGCCGCUGCGUGCUGUUUGAGAGGAACUACCGAAGCCAGCACCUACAGCUGCAGGUGGUCCCGGUGCCUGUGGAUCGGUGCAGCACAGACGACAUAAAGGAGGCCUUUAUGGUGCAGGCGCAGGAGCAGCAGAUGGAGCUGCUGGAGAUCCCGCAGCACACAGACCUCAAGCAGAUUGCCCAGCCGGGUACACCAUACUUCUAUGUAGAGCUGGACACUGGAGAGAAGCUCUUCCACAGGAUCAAGAAGAACUUCCCACUUCAGUUUGGAAGGGAGGUGCUGGCCAGCGAGGCAGUUCUGAACAUCCCAACCCGUGCUGACUGGAGAGAGUGCAAGUACAGCCGGGAGGAGGAAGAAUCCUUGACCAAGAAGGUUCGGGAAGAAUUUGAGCCCUUCGACUUCACCCUGAUGGACUGAAAGGCCAGCUUUCUGAGGACAGAGCAGGGGGCUGCGGUGCCGGAAUUGGUGGCCUGAGGUCACAUGACAGACUAUUCUCUCGAGGGUCCAGCGAGGCUCCCUGGCAGACAGUGGUAACAUGG